CUGCAGUGGCACCACUAAGGAUGGGUGCAGGCAGCUCUCCCAUGUGCCUCUCUCUCGCCUCAUUCAAGGGAAUGAGGAGCCGGCUGGACAGACCAUUACUCUGGGCUAUUUUUCUUUCUACUGCACUUCAGAACGCUGCAGUGGAUUGUAAGAGGGUGAGAACAAACGAUUUACCUUCUCCAAAGCUGAACUCAAGUAUGAAUGUGGUCAGCCUGGGCCAGAAUGUAUCUCUGUCUUGUUCCAGCAAGAACACAUCAGUGAAUGUCACCUAUUCGCUAUUUUUGGGUAGGAAACACCUACAAACCAAGAAAAGUGCGCAAACUGUGACUUUUUACCUGAAGAUCUCUAAUACCGACGAAACAGGCCCCUACAAAUGCAAAACCAAUGAUUCCAGUGGGUCGAAAUACAGUCAGGAUUUCAACUUCACCAUCGCCCAAGAGAGCUGCCCUUCAUGUCUGCUGUCACGGCUGCUGCCUGCAGCGUUACUGGGGCUGCUGGUAAUAAUCCUAGUUCUGGUUUUCUUCAUUCGAACAAAGUACAAAAGAGGAAAAGCUCAGAGAGCGAGCGAGUCCAAGAGUUCUGGAGAUGCAGUCACGCAAGGCGAGCUGUAUGCAAACGUCUGUGAGACUCAGACAGAGGCAGGACAACCCCAGGAGCUACACUAUGCCACUCCAGUCUUCAAGGAGGUGGUACCCAGGGAACAAGGUGAGCCAUGAUGGGGACAAGAGAUGCUUUUGGAAUGAGACAAGAGUCCCUGCGACAUCACUGUGAGCAGGGACUUUGUAUCUGGGAUAUGGGGACCCCAGGUGCCCAGAAAGUCAACAGUAACCAAUAACAGCUCCCACAAAUAUGUCAGGUGCUGAGGCUGGAGGAGAAAAAGACAAGGUAGAGACUGUCUUCUAAAUACUUCCAAGACAGGCUGGAGAGAUGACUUGUCCCUCCCAGAGGACCUGCGUCCACUUCCCACGCUCAAGUCAGGCAGCUCACGACCGCCUGUAACUUCAGCACCUGGCCUCCAAGGGCACCUGUGCCCACGUGUGCAUACACCCCUCACAUGCACG